AACAGACCGUGAAGGCGAUAUCCGCACGUUCCGAGGGUUUAUAAAACCUUCGGUGGGAUCUUGGGUGUUGGUUCAGUUCGGUUUGGCUAGCUUUUUUGCUGUUUUCAUGGUUUACGAGCUACUUUUGAACACAUAAGCUCAAGUUUAGUCGAGCCAAGAUGCCUUUCCUCAGAGUGCUGGAGAUUAAAGCUACAAACCUCCCCAAUGUUGAGAAGAAAGGACUAAGCGACCCGUAUGCAUCGCUGUCGUUUCAAGGGGUCAAGAAAAAGACCGAGGUGAUAAAAGAUGAAUUAAACCCAGUCUGGAACGAGAAAUUCGAAUGGGAUUUAGGCACACAGGCGCUUUCUGUGGAGGAAAAUUUAGUAGUUCAUGUCAAAGAUUGGGAGCGUAUUGGCAGGAAUCGGAUUACUUUUGGGUCUCCUUUUCAGAGUGAUAUUGGCUUUUUCUAUGAUGAGCCAGCCCAUGCUGUUGUGCGGAAAUGGGUUUUACUUACUGAUCCUGAUGACAAGAUGGCUGGGGUUAAGGGUUAUGUCAAAGUCACUGUUAUGGUCCUGGGUCCUGGAGAUGAAGCCCCGUCUACCUCGAAAAGUGUAACUGAGGAUGACACUGAUGACAUUGAGUCAAAUUUGCUGCAGCCUUCAGGUGUGAUGCUGCGCCCAGCCGUCUUCUCACUGAAAGUAUACAGAGCUGAAGAUAUCCCUCAAAGUGAGUACUGCAUUAUCAGAUGUUUUUGUUUGCAUAAAGGUUUUGCAAGGUUUCCAAAGAUGGUUAAACUCUUAAGUAUAAAAUUCGAAUGGGAUUUAGGCACACAGGCGCUUUCUGUGGAGGAAAAUUUAGUAGUUCAUGUCAAAGAUUGGGAGCGUAUUGGCAGGAAUCGGCUACUUGGCACAGCCACCGUCCCCCUGAAAGACCUUGUAAAGGAUAGCAGUCAUACCAUGCAAGCUGAUGUCAAUCUUUUGGAUGGCAGUAACAGAAUGACACAGGCCAAGCUGUCUCUCCGCUUGGAGUAUAUUCCUCCCAAACCAGGCAAGAGUGUGGAGGGGGAAAUAACAGCAACGGAUGAAACUGAUUUGGGUGCAGAACUAGAUGAUGAAUUUGGACUGGAAGAAGAAGAGGGAGGCAUGGACGAGUUGGAGGGAGGUGGUGCUGCGGGUGUGAGUGAGGCAGUCAGAAAAAAGCGCAGGAGAAGGAGAACUGCAAGGCACAAGUUGUCAAAUAAACCCCAGGAUUUUCAGUCUACCUCGAAAAGUGUAACUGAGGAUGACACUGAUGACAUUGAGUCAAAUUUGCUGCAGCCUUCAGGUGUGAUGCUGCGCCCAGCCGUCUUCUCACUGAAAGUAUACAGAGCUGAAGAUAUCCCUCAAAUGGACUCCGGGUUCUUUGAAGGAGUCAAAAAAAUUUUUCACGUUAAAGAGGACCAAAAGGAACUUGUAGAUCCCUAUCUUGUCUUUAAUUUUGCUGGACGAAAGGCAAAGACAAGAGUACAUUACAAUUCAGAUCACCCUGAGUUUAACACAGAACUCAAUGUACUAUUCAAGUUCCCAUCCAUGUGUGAAAGGCUCAAACUACAAAUAUUUGACUGGGAUCGAUUAACAGCUGAUGACUGUAUUGGUACAGCUUACAUGCCAAUAUCUGCUAUCUCAGGACAGGGUGAUGAUGGUAAGCAUAUGUUGUAUUCUCUGAAGUGUUUUACACUAAGGGGUGAACAGGGGUUGGUAGGGGCAAAAUGUGUGCAGGGUAACGUUUUCCAACCGUUGUGACCAAGGUUGUGGCUAUUUUAGUGUGCAAUCCUGUCAGUGUUUAUUACAAUACCCUUUUUGUUUGGUGUAUUUUGCAAAAUUGAUGUUAUCAUACUUUAGGGUGAGGGAGUUGCUUACAGAGGGAGAGUAUUGGUAGAGCUGGAAACUAAACUGGGACCUUCAUCAAAGGAACCUGCUGAGGAUCUUCAGAGUCAUGAGAUUAUUCGUGUGCAGCCAUACUUACGCAGGCGUAAGUUCAAGCUCUUUGCGUGCUUCUUGGAAGCGUCCAUGAUAUCAUCAACAGAUGGACCAGUGGAAUUCGAAGUUAGCAUAGGAAAUUAUGGUAACAAGCUCGAUCAGUCAGUGCCUCCUUCCUCGUCGACCACUCCACCCACAAACGCUGUGUAUGAUGGCUGUUACUAUUACUACCUUCCAUGGGGAGACACUAAACCUUGUGUGUGUGUGGACAGUCACUGGGAAGAUAUUUCCUUCAGAUUGGACAACUUGAAUAUCUUAACCAGACUAUGUGAACGAUUGGAGAGGAACAUCGAAAAAGUUCAGCUCAGUUUAGAAGCUAAUGCACCGACUGCUGAAACCGCUUCACUUCUCAUAUCCUUGUUAGAUCAACUAAUUAGUGAUUGCAGGAAACCUUUACCAAAGAUUGACAGCUCUACCCCUGGUGUGAAUGAACUGGACUUGAAGAUUCAGGAGACGAGGAUGAUGGAAAAGUUGGCCAUCAUGGAAGAGGCAAACAAGCUUCGUGAAAGUGCGACUGAUGUUGCAGAGGCUAUGUUAGAAAUUGAGGGUUACAUGCAGAGGUUGAAAGACAUGGCUAUUGAGCCCCAGAACAGCAUGCCUGAUGUGGUCAUUUGGUUGAUCAGUGGCACCAAACGAAUUGCAUCUUUCCGCAUUCCAGCUUACGAGGUUCUGUUCUCACCACAAUCUGAUGCUUGUGGUCAGUACUGUGGCAAGGUCUUCAACAUGUUUAUGAAGUACCCAGGUAAGAAGCAAAUGAACCUGGAAGACUUUCCAGAAGUGCCUGCUCAUGUUCGAAUGAUAAUCUGGCUGGGCCUUGAGAAGCAUCAAGAGGACUGGACCAACAGGGAGCAAACAGAGGGCGACUUCUGUGUUUAUGCUGAAACGUAUGAGAAUCAGAUGAAUGUGCUCGGUACCUGGACCUCCAAAGGACUGCCCCGCCCUUCCUGGUCAAAUGCUACAGGAGAUGUGAAAUUGUAUAAAGAGUACUUUGUUCCUCCUGCUGGUUGGCAUUUUGAGGGAGAUUGGUUUGUGAACCCCGAGCUCAGCAUGACGUAUGAUCGAGACAGUGGUCACAAAAGCUUCCUUGAGGAUGUGUUUGAAAACGAGUCUCGUCUUCCAGGAGGUAGCUGGGGACCUUCCUCUGUACCCUGGACAGAUGUGCGUGGUGAUGCUGUGACAGCCAGGGAUGAGAUCGUAUGUCCAGAAGACUGGGAGUGGACCACAGACUGGGCAGUGGACUUGAACAGAGCCGUGGAUGAAGAUGGUUAUGAGUACACAGUAGAGGCCACGUUUGGUGGUUAUGGACCAGUAGAAAAGACAUAUCACUUGUGUCGACGACGGAGAUGGGUCAGGAACAGAGUGGUGGUGAAGAGUCCUAAAGUGGAACAGGAGCAGCUGAGAGCAGAACAGUUGGCCUUGGAAGGCUGGGAGUAUUCCCCAGUCUUCACCAUGAAGUUCCAUGCCAAGGAGCGCAAAAUGGACCUGGUGCGGAGAAGACGCUGGCACAGGAAGAUGGUGCAAGAGGAUCCUAGUGCCCCCGCGGUCUUCCAUAUUGAUGUCGGGAGCAGUGAUGAUGACAAGGAACAAGAGACAAUGAUGAAUGCUCCCAGAAUGUUUAUAACAUUUGACAAGCCUCACAAGUACCAGUUGCGGGCCUACAUCUACCAAGCACGUGAUCUCCUUGCGUCUGAUGCAGAUGGCUUCUCAGACCCUUACGCACGUGUAGUGUUUGGUACUCAAAGUCAAGUCACAGAAAUCCUAACAAGCACAAUAUGUCCAACGUGGGAUCAAACCUUGAUCUUUGAGAACGUUCAGAUUUAUGGCAGUAUUGACAAAGUUGCUAGGCACCCUCCUGAGGUUAUCAUCGAGCUGUUUGACAAAGACCCUGUGGGUCAAGACGAGUUCAUGGGUCGUUGCGUGGUCACUCCGCUUGUGAAGAUGAAUGGACAGGAACCACCAGCACCCAGGCUGUUAUGGUAUGACGUCACACGAGUCGGAGAGGAAGCUGGGGAGAUACUAGCCGCCUUUGAACUCUUUUUGGAUGAAGGUGCAGAUUUACCUUUUGCUCCACCGAUGAAGGGACCCCUGUUUCUAGUACCCAAUGGAAUCAGACCAGUGAUGCAGCGUACGGCUAUAGAGGUGUUGUGCUGGGGCGUCAGGAACAUGAAGAGAUAUCAACUAGCCAGUGUAUCCUCACCAAGCAUUGAGUUUGAGUGUGGUGGACAUGUUGUUCAUUCAACUGUCAUCAAGAACACGCAGAAGAAUCCCAACUUUGAUCAGCCACUAUUCUUCUUCGACGUGUACCUCCCAAAGGAGGAGUUGUACACGCCGCCAAUGAACAUCAAGGUGCAUGAUAACCGCUCAUUUGGUCGCAAACCUGUUGUUGGCAUUCACUCCAUGAAGGCCAUGAAGAAAUUCCGCUGUGAGCCCGCCAGUGCAGAUGAACCAGUCGAACUGCCUUUAGCGGAGAGUGAAGCCACCAGACAUGGUUCCUCUCACAUUAUGGACAUCAAGGAGGAGCAGAAGAAAGGAGCCGAACAACAAGAUGAAGACAUUGAUUGGUGGUCGAAGUUCUAUGCCUCUGUUGGUGAUAUCGACAAGGCCGGAGUGUACUUGGAAAAAGGAUAUGAUAAGAUUAUGGUUUACGGAACAGAGCUUGAGAAGGUUGAAGUGUUCAAUGGCUUUCAAGACUUUGUAGAAACGUUUUACAUUCACCGCGGAAAAGUGAAGUCGAAAUCAGAAGAGGAGGAGACUAUUGUAGGGGAAUUCAAGGGAUCUUUUCGGUUGUACCCUUUACCUAGUGACCCAAACGCUCCUUUGCCGCCCAAGAUUCUACGAAAACUGCCUCCAAGUCAACCUGUGGAGUGUGUUAUAAGAUUAUAUAUUGUGCGGGCUUUAGACCUUCAACCACAGGACACCAGCGGCCUGGCUGAUCCUUACCUUGUCGUACAUAUGGGGAAGACUAAGAUAUCUGACAAGGACAACUACGUACCCAACAACCUGAAUCCUUUGUUUGGAAAGAUGUUUGAGAUGAGCGCCACCAUUCCUAUCAUCAAGGACCUGCGCAUUUGUGUCAUGGAUUAUGACGUCAUUGGCAGAGACGAUCUGAUUGGUGAGACGACUGUGGAUCUGGAAAACAGGUUCUUGUCUCGUUUUCGUGCUACUUGUGGACUGCCGCAGACCUACUGCUCGUCUGGUCCAAACCAAUGGCGUGACUCUCAGACGCCUCGUCAGAUCUUGGAGUACUGGUGUGAGUUGAACAAUUUAAGCAAACCCCAGUACCUUGGAAACACUCAGCUUGUACUGGAUGGAAAGGUCUACAAUCUGCAAGAGUACGAGGAAGGCAUGCUGUUUCAUUCUCACUUGGGUCAACCUGACCAGCGGUUAGCAUUGCACGUGUUAAACUCCAUGCCUGUGGUACCUGAACACGUGGAGACCAGAGCCUUGUAUAACACCCUCCAACCUAACGUCGAACAGGGCAAGCUGCAAAUGUGGGUGGACAUUUUCCCGAAGCAUCUGGGGACCCCAAGCUCGCCGUUUGAUAUCAAUCCUCGCAAGCCUGGAGAUUAUGAAUUGCGAGUGAUUAUUUGGAACACAAGCGAUGUGAUCUUAGAAGAGACUUCGCUGACAGGAGAGAAAAUGAGUGACAUUUACGUCAAGGGAUGGAUUGCAGGAGUCGAGGAAUCACAAAAAACUGAUGUGCAUUACAGAUCUCUGGACGGUGAAGGAAAUUUCAACUGGCGUUUUGUCUUCCCAUUCAUGUUCCUCGCUGCAGAGAAAGUCCUGGUCGUUAGAAAGAAGGAACACUUCUGGAGCUUAGAUGAAACAGAAGAACGUGUACCUCCCUGUCUAGUCAUCCAAAUUUGGGACAACGACAAGUUCUCUGCGGACGACUUUUUAGGUCAGGUUGAACUGAACCUUAACCGCAUGCCUAAGCCAGCCAAGAGUGCAAGGAGAUGCAGCUUACAGCAGCUACCGUCGUUUGAAGAAGGCCGAUCGAGCAGCAGCGUGGAGACUGUGUCCCUGUUUGAGAUGAAGAGAGUGUAUGGAUGGUGGCCCUGUGUGGCUCAGGAUCCUGGAGAAGAGAUGCAGUUAACGGGUAAAGUCGAAAUGGCCAUUGAGCUCUUACCCAAGGAAGAAGCUGAUUCUAAACCUGCUGGUAAAGGAAGAGAGGAGCCAAAUCAGAAUCCAACUCUAGAUGAACCCAAUCGCCCCGCGACCUCGUUCCGGUGGUUCACGUCACCCUUCAAGACUCUACGCUACAUCAUAUGGAGAAAUUACAAGUGGAUCAUCAUUGCUAUACUCAUCACCCUUAUUAUUGUGGCCGCUGUGGUCAUCUUCUUGUAUUCAAUGCCGGGAUACUCUGUGAAGAAGAUAUUCAACGUAUAAAUCGUCUACUCUGACGGAAAACCAAGAAAAUUAACACAACAGUUCAGUCUUCUAUUGAAUCGAAUUUAAUCGAAGUAUAAGAAUUGAAAUAUUAAUAAUAUUAAUAUAUUGAUAGUAAAUCGUAAAUACAUAACUUCGGAUUUAAAAAUCGCCAUAUUCAAUUCAUGGGUUAUAUAUAAUAAAUUGUAAAAUCGCUACUUAAAAAAAUUGACAAGUUAGAAAAAAUCUGCUCUUAAUAGCAGUCCUAUUCUCAGAAAACAGAAAUCAAGUUUAUUGAAUUAGUCAAAACAUCUUCUCUUGUCCGAUAGAAAAUUAGCUAGAGUUCGCAUUUUCUUUGUUACGCAGUCAGUUCAUUACCUUGAAGCCGAUAGAAAAUGUCUGGAGGUAAUCACUUACGUUGAAAAAAGGCUGGUAGUGACAUAUUUAGUCGUGAAUUGAUAAUUAUUUUGGGCGUGAAAUGUAAAAUGACUGUUUAUUUUUCGUUAUAACACUUGAAGAAUUUUUUUUUAUGUUGCCGUGAUUUUGUGUUCGUCACUCGUAGUUCAGUGAAGUGACCGUUAAGUGUUUUUUUUUUUUUUUUUUUUUGUCGUAUGCUUGAUCUCCCCCUUAAACGUCCCUCCAUUACCACCCUUGAGAAUUUAAGGGCAAAUUGAAUUGUUUCGAAAGUUUCGUCGCAGGCGAUGAAUCCCUGUUUGCCAACUGAGCAGUAAGCAUAGACCUGGAAUAUAACACUGAACUGUCUCUUCUGUGGGAUUCGUCUGAAAAUACUUCAUAAUUCCGUUUACAGGUGAGGAGAUUUAGAUGUAACACAGGAAUUGUAGAUGUACAAGAAAAUUAGAUUGUAAAUUGUUCCUUUAAGGAGGCUGGUUAAUUUGUUAGGGAGGUGAAUUCAAUGAUACUAUCUGAAUAAGGCUUCUCUUCAUCGAGGAAUACUCCAUAUGUAAUUACAAAAUUGUAAGCAUUUAGCUCAGUCAUAGUGGUUUAUGACUAGGAUAACUAUUUAGAGGUAUGCUCAAGAAAUUUCGUGGAAAAACUAUUUUUGUUUUGAAAAUGGCAGAAAUCAGCUGCUAUGGUGAGCUAGCUUUCAGCUUCAAUAAAUGGGAUAUAUCUUGUCCACA